AUGCAAGGCGAGACUCCAGCGCAAACCGUCAGCUCACUAGGUCAAGCGCUGCGAACCGUCGGUGGCCUGACCAAGCCAAGUGGCAGAGGGCUGUUUAUGUUCCAAUGCCUGCUGGCGGGGAGCUCGUCCGCUGCGAUUAUCGGCAUGCUUGGGGCCACGGUCAUGGUCUAUGCCUUUACGGCGGGCGCUGUGGGAUUCCUUGGCGGUUCCUGUGUUGGCUUUGUUUUGGGAAGCAUCGGCUACUACCGUACUUGUGCGCGGCAAAGCUUGAUUGCCUUCCUCAGGUACCCCGAUUUACUCCGGCAUCAUAUCGCCAUUGACUUCGGCAUGCAUGGAGUGGACAAAGCCUCGCAGUUUUGGGGCACCGACGUGCAAGGGACUAUGUCAGAAAUUCAGAGUGACUUUUCCCUGCAAGGGAUGUUGGUUGCUGCUUGGCAUUCGGCGGUGCCGGCCAUCGAGGAGAUUCAGAAUAUGGAAGAGGCCCGUCUGGUGGCUAAUAGUGCCUAG